AAUUCUCGCAACCUAUAAACAAUUCCCUAAGAGUCGUUGACAAACCAAAAAAACUUCUUAAAAGUCAAAAUUUGCUCUAGACCCUCCAAUUUUCCAAAGAGAUGAGGAAUGAAACGGGUGGUACAAUGGUCGUUGAUCUCCAAACCGAUCCAUAUAACAACAAUCACAGUCGCCAUAAUCUGAGCCGCGACGGAAUAUUCCCUCCCGACGAUCCCAUCAUUGUCAACAGCAACGUAACUCACCAGCGGUUUAGCAGCGUCUCCGCCUCGACCAUGAGCAGCGGUCCGGCCAGCGGAGAAGGUUCUCCUUGCGUAAUGUCGCCUUGGGCCCGUGUGUCGCCUCCUUGGGGUGCGGAUUUCAACGAAGACAAUGUCCUCGAGACCAACGGUCUCAUUGGAUCUAUUGUAAGAAAAGAAGGGCAUAUAUACUCGCUAGCCGCUUCUGGUGACCUUCUCUACACGGGCUCUGACUCGAAGAACAUUAGGGUUUGGAAGAAUUUGAAGGAACACGCCGGGUUUAAAUCCAGUAGUGGGCUCAUUAAAGCCAUUGUGAUAUUCGGAGACCGAAUCUUUACCGGCCAUCAAGAUGGGAAGAUCCGGAUUUGGAAGGUUUCGAAGAGAAAACCGGGAAAACACAAGCGGGUUGGAACAUUGCCAACAUUUAAAUCAAUGGUCAAGAGCUCCGUAAACCCUAAGCAUUUCAUGGAGGUACGCCGCAACAGAAACUCCGUGAAGACGAAGCAUAACGACGCCGUGUCUAGUCUUAGCCUGGACGUGGAGCUUGGAUUUUUGUACUCGAGUUCUUGGGACACGACAAUCAAAGUAUGGAGAAUCUCGGAUUCAAAAUGUUUGGAAUCCAUACAUGCACACGAUGACGCGAUAAAUUCUGUAAUGUUCGGUUUCGAUGACUUGGUGUUCACGGGAUCCGCAGAUGGCACUGUUAAAGUGUGGAAACGUGAGUUGCAAGGCAAAGGAACAAAACAUACGUUAGCUCAAGUUUUGCUCAAGCAAGAAAAUGCAGUCACGGCGUUGGCCGUACAAUCAAAAUCUUCCAUAGUAUAUUGCGGUUCCUCUGACGGGCUAGUGAACUAUUGGGAGCGUUCAAAGCGGUCAUUCACCGGCGGAAUACUCAAAGGCCACAAAUCCGCAGUGCUUUGUCUAGCUAUAGCGGGGAACUUGCUAUUGAGUGGUUCCGCGGACAAGAACAUAUGCGUAUGGAGGCGGGACCCGUCUGACAAGUCCCAUCAGUGUCUCUCUGUUUUGACGGGACACAUGGGACCGGUCAAGUGCCUAGCAGUGGAGGAGGAACGGGCUUGUCAUAAGGGAGCAAAAGCCUCUGUGGCCGAGGGGGACCGGAAGUGGAUUGUAUACAGCGGAAGUUUGGACAAGUCGGUGAAAGUGUGGCGUGUGUCCGAGAGGAUGGCUACGUGGAGGGAAAUGGACGAGCCAGCAGCAUCUUCAGAGCGGAAGAGCUCUUCCUCUCCCCAUGAAGGGAGUGGCGCGUGGAUUUUAAGAAAGUUAUUACCUUUACCAUCACCGAAUCCUAAAAGAGAUAAUCGGGAAAGUGACGAUGAUGGUGAUGAAACUAGUAGUGGUUAUAGAAUUGAAUAUUCAUUCGCCUCGGAGUAUAAAGGCCCUUUUAUUGCUAAUGUGCCACGAGCUCUUCCCGUUGACGUUGAUCAGAUUCCUACUGCUCUUCCCGUUUCAUUUUCUUCCUUGUCGCGUGAUGGCUCUUACCCAGUGGUUCCACCUCUCGUUAGGAGAGUUACCAAGAAAUCACCUGAAUCUGGAAUAGAGAAGAAAAACGGUUUGGUUGACUCUGCUGCUGGUUCUAGUGUGGUUUUGAAAGGGCGUGAUGUUGUUUCUGGCUCAUCAUCAUCAUCAUCAUCAUCAAAGAGGUUGGAUGUAUCAGAAGAAGUGAAAAAUUCGGUUGAUUUACAGUUAUCACCAUCAUCACCGUUGUCUGCAUCAUUGAGAGAGGAGGAUACAUUAGAUGAUGGAAGAGUUUCGGAUGUGGGACCUAGAGCUGUGAGAUUCGUUGAACCUUUUCAGAGUAGUGAAUGUGAUGAAAGCUCUUACAUUUCUGUUGGAGAAAGUAUAGCUCCAACGCCUAAAGCGGAAAGGAGAGGGAAAAGAGGAUCGUGUUACCGAUGCCUGUUGGGGAACCGGUUUACUGAGAAGGAAGUCUGUAUUGUCUGCGACGCCAAGUACUGUUUCAACUGUGUGCGCAGAGCCAUGGGUGCGAUGCCCGAAGGAAGAAAGUGUCAAACUUGCAUUGGUUUUGGGAUCGAUGAGUCGAAGAGAGCAAGUCUGGGAAAGUGUUCAAGAAUGCUGAAGCGCCAUCUCACAGAUUCUGAACUUCGACAAGUCAUGAAUGCCGAGAUCACCUGCAAGGCGAAUCAAUUGCCUUCACGGCUUAUCACUGUCAAUGAAAAGCCUUUAAGUGAAGAUGAGCUUUUCACGUUGCGGACAUGUCCAAAUCCACCCAAGAAUCUAAAACCCGGAAACUAUUGGUAUGAUAAGGUUUCUGGCUACUGGGGAAAGGUAGGCGAGAAACCUUGUCAGAUUAUAAGUCCUAACAACAGCAUAGGAGGUAACAUCAGUGAGGACGUAAGCAAUGGAGACACUGACAUUUAUAUUAAUGGCCGGGAAAUAACCAAGCAAGAGCUCAUGAUGCUCAAGUGGGUGGGGGUGCAAUGUGAAGGAAAACUUCAUUUUUGGGUCGAUUCAGAUGGUACUUACCGGGAAGAAGGUCAAAAGCAUCCCAUCGGGAACAUCUGGAAUAAGAAGAGAACAAAAAUUGCUUGUGCUGUGUUCUCUCUGCCAGUUCCUCCGGCUUCUUCUGCAGUAGAACCAUGUGAUGUGCCCUUAUAUGAGCAUAAAAUGCUUAACAAGCUUCUUUUGAUUGGUAAUGAAAAAGGUGGCGCCACAACAGUUUACAAACAAGCAAGGUCUCUCUACAACAUCUCCUUCUCUGUAGACGACCGUGAAAAAAUCAAAUUCAUAAUCCAAACAAAUCUCUAUACCUAUCUGGCAAUGGUUCUUGAGGCACAUGAAAGAUUUGAAAAAGAGAUGAGCAAUGACCAGUCUUCAGACCAAACAGGUAAUGUGGGAGAUGAAACCAGUGCUAAAACAGUUAACUCGAUCAACCCAAGACUAAAACAUUUUUCAGAUUGGCUUCUGAAAGAAAAGGAAGACGGAAACCUGAAGAUAUUUCCACCAUCAAGCCGUGAGAAUGCACAAACCGUUGCAGAUCUCUGGAGAGUACCGGCUAUUCAAGCCACCUACAAAAGACUUCGCGAUAGGCUUCCCAGAAACGCCGUUUAUUUUCUUGAACGAAUUCUUGAGGUCUCGAGAUCAGAAUACGAUCCUUCUGAUAUGGACAUAUUGCAAGCGGAAGGACUCUCCUCUAUGGAAGGACUUUCUUGUGUGGACUUCUCAUUCCCAUCAACUUCUCAAGAAGAGACUCUUGAGAGCGAUUAUCAACACGAUCCAGACAUGAAGUACCAACUCAUCCGGCUAAAUCCGAGAAGCCUUGGUGAAAACUGGAAAUUGCUGGAAAUGUUUGAAGACGCUGACUUGGUGAUAUUUUGUGUCUCAUUAACAGAUUAUGGAGAAUACAUAGAAGACGGUGACGGGAAUCUUGUGAACAAGAUGCUUGCAAACAGACAGCUUUUCGAGAGCAUGGUGACUCACCCAAGCCUAGCUAACAAAAGGUUCCUUUUGGUUCUAACGAAAUUUGAUCUCCUAGAAGAAAAGAUCGAAGAGGUACCUCUAAGAACCUGUGAGUGGUUCAAAGACUUCAACCCAUUGAUCAGCCAGAACCAGACGAGCAGACACAACCCUCCAAUGGCUCAGCGUGCUUUCCAUUACAUUGGUUAUAAGUUCAAGAGACUCUAUGACUCAAUCUUGGAACCAGUAAAUAUGCGUGGAAGGAGCUUUAGGCCAAAAUUGUUUGUUUGUCAAGUGAGCUUGGAUAGUGAUACUGUGGACAAUGCAAUGAGAUAUGCGAGAGAGAUUCUCAAGUGGCAUGUUGAAGAAACUUCCAUGUUCCAAGAGAUGUCUACUACUAGCAUCGAGGCCAGCUCAUCCAACAUCUCCUCUUCAAUGGCUGCCACUGAUUUCGUUUUCCCUCCCCGUUUCUUCAAAGUUUUCGUAUCCCACUUCACCUCAGAUUCCAUGCCGCUCCCAAUUGCCUACUACGAUCAUCUUCCAAGUCGUUUGCCCAAAACGGUGAUUCUCCGAGGACCUGGUGGAUGCUCUUGGAAUGUAGCCACGACGAUAAAUGAAAACGAAGUGCAUUUCUCACAAGGAUGGGCCAAAUUCGUUGAGGAUAACACUCUUUGCGAUGGAGACAUUUUGACCUUUGUGUAUAAUGGAGACCACGUAUUCGAGGUCAGUAUCUAUAGCGGCAAAGAUGCAUGUAAAGAGAUUAGCGCAGUCACUGAAGUGGAAGAGGACAAAGAAGACAGUGUUUUUUCUCUGAGCAGUGAAGACAAUGACACUUGUUCUCAAUCUGUGAUGAAGACCACAAUCCCGGAAGGCAGAGACAAAGGAAAGUCAAAAGUGGAAGUUGUGGAGGAUUCUGAUGACGAAGAGGAUAGUGUUUAUUCUGAAAGCGGUGAAGAAACAGAGACAGACACUGAUUCUGAAUUCAAGGUGGCCAAGACAACAAUACCAAAAAGCAAGAAGAAAGGGAAGAAGAAAGAACAGGUUGUGGAGUCUUCUGAUGAAGACAGUGACAGUGACAGUGACAGUGAUUACAUUGAAACGUUUGGUCAAUUGGAUAUUGAAGAGAAUUCCAACAGUGAGGAGGAUAGUUCUUAUGCUCCAGAUGACGAAGGCACAUCCACUUGUGUCAAACCAAAGGUGGCAAAUCUGAAGAGGAAAGAGGCGGCAAAGAAGAGGAAGAAAGUCGAGCCUAAGAUCAAAAAUCCUGAAACAUAUCUGGAUGAUCCAAAGAAUAUUCAUUUCGAGACAAACGUGAAGAAUAGGUUAUACGAGCUGUUGGUUCAUGCACAACUGGUGAAAGACUAUUGCUUGAGGUUUGGAGACCACGUUUACUACAUCGACAAAAUCGGGAAACUAAAAGCUAAAACAGCAAAAUGGAAGGAUCAGCGUGUGUGUAUCAAAAAAUGGAUGCGUAUAUGCGAUAGGAACGAAUUGAAGAAAGAAGACCGCAUUUUGUGUGAGCUCUUGCGCAAGGGAACUUUUGUGUAUGCAAUCAAACUCCACAUCAUCCGCGGAAAAAAUCUGUAGACGCUAUCAGUGUGAGUAGAGCCAGAGGAAGGGAUUUGGUCAUUUGGCUACUUAUCUUUAUGACUUCAUCUUGUUGUUAUCAAGCAAACAUCAUUCUCAGCGAAACUUAUGAGUUUCUUUAUUGUCUACUUCAGAUUAAAUGACUUUCUCUCUUGUUCUCUUAUGAAUCUAUUUCUGAAUACAAUAUCUUAUCUUUG